AAAUUUGUGUUUCUCCGUUCUUGUUAGUUGAAACACUUGAAACUUGAAAUAUGAAUUGAAAAUAUAGAAACUAACCUCAAAAGUGAUUGAUUAGUGAAAAAAUAUUAGUCUGAUAUAGAAAACAUUUAUUGUGUUAGCGUUUUAAAUUCAUCAAUAGAAAUUAAUCUUUUUCUAUAAUUUUGAGGUUACCAAAAAUAUGUUACCCUUAUCACUAUUACGUACAGCUCAAAACCAUCCAAUGUUAGUGGAAUUAAAAAAUGGUGAAACAUACAACGGUCAUUUAGUGAGUUGUGAUAAUUGGAUGAAUAUCAAUUUAAGAGAGGUCAUUUGCACAUCUCGAGAUGGAGAUAAGUUCUGGAGAAUGCCUGAGUGCUAUAUCCGGGGGAGUACAAUAAAGUACCUUAGGAUCCCAGAUGAAGUUAUUGAUAUGGUGAAGGAAGAAACCCAAGUAAAGGCUAGGAGUCGCAAUGAAGUAUCUAAGGGUCGAGGGGGUCAAAAUCUUAGGUCAGGGAGAGGUGGAAGUCGAGGAGCCUUUGGAAACAGAGGGAGACCAGCUCCUCUUAGGGGUGGAGGAGCAGGACGGCCUCAAAACAAAAAUAAAAAAUAGUUUAAUAUAUCACUUAAUUUUCUAAGAAAUCUCUAGUAUUACUCUACUGUCAAUCCUUUAAAUUAACUGACAAAAUGCUAAAAACAAUAA